CAAGAAGGCUCCCAGAAGAAAGGCCCCAGAGCAGCCGAGGGACGGCGGGGAGAGUCGGGGCCAUGGGGCAACGGUGCAUGACAUGCUAGCUAGCAUGCUGGCCUACUUAUCAAACCACACGCCCAACAAAAUAUAUAUCGCUCAUCAGCGAUUAUAGCCUUCUAUGCGCGUGCUAUAGACCCCAGGAGAUGGCAUAAAAGCGAUCACUGCAUUUGCGCUAACCUGUGCCUUUCAAGCAUUGCCACCAGCGACGCGCACAUACUGUGUAACAACAAUCAGCAUGUGUCGCUAGCUUGCAUACCGCUGCUGGGCCCUGCAGCGACUACCGGGCCGUCCGCUCCGCCGUCCACUCCGCCAGCCGGCCGCCACAACAGCAGUCUCAGCAGCGCACCGCGACCGAGCUUUCGUACGUGUGCAGCGGCCCGGCCGAUGCUCACAUCACCAUCGCGAGCAACUGCUCGCCGCGACGCCACGCAUCCGCAGCCACGGCGCACCCCCGGCCGCCGCGCCCGCCACGGCGCCUCGGUGGGCGCUCAAGGCGCCUCAAGGGCGCCAUGGGGCCCCCACUCGUGCUCAUCCUUGGCGGGGUCGCUGGCUAGCUUGGCAUCAAACAGGCGGCAGGCGGACGCGGCAGUAGCACCGCGUGUGCCGGCAGCGGCAGUAGCCGGAGGCGAGGCACCGGCGCUGUUGCUUCAGCCGCUGCUACAGCCGCAGCUGCCCGCGGUUGUGUUUGCGGGGCUGCAGGGCGAGUGGCGCCUCCGCCGCCGCAUCCAGUCGGCGUUGCCCUCCGAGCCCUCUGGGGAGGUGCUGGGGACCGCUGUCUUCGCGCGGCCUGCCUGCAGCAGCAGUGCGCUUACGGACAGCAGCAGCAGCAGCAGCAGUGGCGGUGGUCGCAGCGGCGGCGGUGACUACAAGAUCCGUGUAGGAAGCAGCAAUCACAGUAGCGCUGCCAGCGCCACGGCCGCCGCGGCCGCAUCUGGCACUCCUGGCGGCGUGGCGACGCAGCCGUCAGCCGCAAGCCAGGCGUUGCCGCCACCAGCAGCAGCAGCAGCAGCAGCGGCAGUAGCAGCAGCAGCACCAGAAGCGGCAGUAGCAGAACCAGGCGACUGGCACUACAGCGAGCAGGGGCACUUCACGACGGAUGCCGGCGGCAGGUUCAAAGUGCGGCGGCAGUACGUCUACGCGCUGACAACCAGACCCGGAGCAGACGACAUGGCAGUAGCAGCAGUGGCGGCAGCAGCAGCAGCAGGACCGGGCGCCGCGACGGAAGGAGCGCCGCGCGGCGCACAGGCGGCCUACCAGCUAGAGAGCCGGCACCACCAGCACCCGCAACAGGGCUCAUCACAGGCCUAUCAGCUGGAUGUGUAUUUCGCAGCGGCCGGCGGCGCGCGUGACUACCACUUCCACACACUCAGCUUCACGGCGCCACCAGAGCCAGUGGCAGGACCGGAGCCAGUGGCAGGACCAGAGCCUGUGGUCGGACCUGAGCCAGGGCCUGCGCGGGCACAGGAGCACCCAAAUCAGUAUGUGCUCACGGCGGCAGGGACGCCGGGGCAGGAGCCGCGGCAGCAGCAUGCGGAGGAAGGGAGAGUCACAGCCAACUCGGCUGUUAGCGGUAGUACCAGCGGAAGUCGCGAUGGCGGUGGCGCAGGUGGCGGAGGUGGCGGAGGUGGCGGAGGUAGUAGAGGUGGCGGUAGGGCAGGCAGCAGCAGGUGGCGGGCAGUGGCGGUGGGUAGCCACAUCUGCGACCAGGACCUGCACACCAUCACGCACGCCUUCACGCUGCGACGGCUGGAGGCCUCCGGUGAGGGUCCGGACGGCUGCAGCUGCGGGAGCGGCGGCGGCGGCAGCGGCAGCGGCGGCGGUGGCGGCGGUGGCUGCGGCUGGCUGCUGGAGGCGUUUCAGGUGGCGGCGGUGGUGGUGGGUCCGCAAGUGAACUACACAUCCACAGCCGCCUACACGCGGCCUGGCUGACGUGCUGGGCAGGCGCCGCAGCACGCAGAGGGCGGGAGGGUGAGAGGAGGGGUGGAGGUUGCAUGUGGCUGGCAGGCCGAGAGCCCGAGGAGCUAGGUGCGCUUGGCUGGAGGGCAUGUGGGUGCGGGGAGGAGGCGAUGCACUGGACCGUGUGUACGGUAUUUGCGGAGGCUGGCGGAAUACGUGUGCUUGCGUGGGCAAGUGGGCUGUGUGUGUUUGAUUUGCAUCAGGGAAGUGGGCUGAAUGGCCAACGUUGUAUGUUUUGCUGGGCCUUCCUGUCUUGUGCAGCUGACACUUGUCAAUUACGACAGGCUAUAGGGACUGACUUGAUGGGUUGUGAGAAUGUGAGAUCACGGUCAUGGCGUAUUGGGCCAAACCUCAGGUGGGGCCGUGUUGCCUGCAAGAACUUGCGGCCUUGCCGUGACGAAUGGG